AUGCGAACGGUUCCGAAUAUAAUCAUUACAGGUACACCCGGUGUAGGGAAAACGGUCCACUGCGCACAGUUGGCUGAAGAAACCGGUCUGCGACACCUCUCGAUCAACCAGAUUGCGAAAGACCGAGGCUGUUACGACACCUAUGACCAGGAACUGCAGACAUGGGUUGUCGAUGAAGACAAACUCCUGGACGCUGUUGAAGAGGAGCUGCUGAAAGGUGGCUAUCUGGUUGACUGGCAUGCGUGUGAUCUCUUUCCUAAAUCCUGGAUUGAUCUCGUGGUGGUCUUGCGUUGCCCAUCCACCUCAAUUCUAUACGACCGUCUAAUAUCGAGAGGCUACAAGCAAGCUAAGCUACAAGAAAAUUUGGACGCGGAGAUAUUCGGUGUUCUUCUUGAGGAAGCCCGCGAAUCGUUUGAUGAAGAGGUGGUGGUUGAGUUAAAUAGUGAAAAGGAUGAAGAUGUAGAAUCUAAUUGCGCUCGAAUUUCCGGCUGGAUAGCGUCCUGGAAAAGUAACCAGGCACUAGAAGCAGACUGA